AGCCGGGGACUGCGUUCGAGUGAGAGCCGCGUGCGGCGUGACGUCAAGAAUAGUCACUGGAGCUACUUCUCUCGCGGGUGUGGAAUCGGCUGCUUCAAACACGCAGUCUCCCUGUUCUACUGAGAGGGAAAUGGCGUCGGUCUGGGAUGAGGCGGAGGAUGGAAUUGGCGAGGAGGUCUUGAAGAUGUCCACGGAAGAGAUCGUGCAGCGGACCCGCCUGCUGGACAGCGAGAUUAAGAUCAUGAAGAGUGAGGUGCUGAGAGUGACCCAUGAGCUACAAGCCAUGAAAGAUAAGAUCAAAGAAAACAGUGAGAAGAUAAAAGUGAAUAAGACCUUGCCUUACCUUGUUUCCAAUGUCAUAGAGCUGCUGGAUGUUGACCCUAAUGACCAGGAAGAAGAUGGAGCAAACAUUGACCUAGAUUCUCAAAGGAAGGGCAAGUGUGCUGUCAUCAAAACCUCUACUCGACAGACCUACUUUCUGCCUGUGAUUGGAUUAGUUGAUGCAGAGAAACUGAAGCCUGGAGAUCUAGUGGGUGUCAACAAGGACUCUUACCUGAUUCUAGAGACUUUGCCUACAGAGUAUGACUCGCGUGUGAAAGCCAUGGAGGUGGAUGAGAGGCCUACAGAACAGUACAGUGACAUUGGGGGACUAGAUAAGCAGAUCCAAGAGCUGGUAGAAGCCAUUGUCCUGCCAAUGAAUCAUAAAGAGAAAUUUGAAAACCUUGGUAUCCAGCCUCCUAAAGGGGUUCUCAUGUAUGGACCUCCAGGAACAGGGAAGACCCUCUUAGCAAGAGCAUGUGCUGCACAAACAAAGGCUACGUUCUUGAAGCUGGCUGGUCCACAGUUGGUUCAGAUGUUCAUUGGUGAUGGUGCCAAGUUGGUGCGAGAUGCCUUUGCACUAGCCAAGGAGAAGGCACCUUCUAUCAUCUUUAUCGAUGAACUAGAUGCCAUUGGCACAAAGAGAUUUGACAGUGAGAAAGCUGGUGAUCGGGAAGUUCAAAGGACCAUGUUGGAGCUGCUGAUACUUGAUGGAUUGCAGCCCAACACUCAAGUCAAGGUGAUUGCUGCAACUAAUCGGGUGGAUAUCCUGGACCCUGCUCUACUUCGCUCAGGCCGUCUAGAUCGAAAGAUUGAGUUCCCAAUGCCCAAUGAGGAAGCCAGAGCCAGGAUAAUGCAGAUCCAUUCACGCAAGAUGAAUGUCAGCCCUGAUGUGAAUUAUGAAGAGCUGGCUCGUUGCACAGAUGACUUCAACGGUGCACAGUGCAAGGCUGUCUGUGUGGAAGCGGGGAUGAUUGCACUCCGCCAUGGAGCUACAGAGCUCACCCACGAAGAUUACAUGGAAGGAAUCUUGGAGGUUCAAGCCAAGAAGAAAGCCAAUCUUCAGUACUAUGCCUGAUACCUCAAGCUGGAUAUGAAAGCCUGGGUAGAGAGGCUGAAAUCGAAACCGCUGGAACUGAACUGUUGUAUUUUACUUAAUGGGAAAAAAAUAAAUCUUUUGCUUUGACACAGGCAACUGUUAUAUGGCUACAGAUGAGGAAAGGGGAGCGAACUCCCUACGAUGAUGUCCUAAUGCAUGUAUGGUGCAUAUCCCAUGUCACUGGUGUAAAAUGCUGGAGUACGCAAAAGAAGUUCAAGCACACUGUAAGCUGCAUAUGAGGCUAAUGAUACCCUACCUGUACCCUCCAAUACCACCCCCCCUAGGACAUU